AUGACCACUGCCAUCUCUUAUCCUCGGCGAGGCUGCCACCCUCCGGGCCUCGUCACGGUGGCGAAUAACCUUCUUCGGCUGCUGGUCGUGCUAGUUGUGCUCAUCACCUCAGCCGCCGCUGACACCCCUGGCCAAGACGGGGGGGAGCUAACGGCGGAGGAUGCCACCUACAUUUACAGCUGCGACGAUCUUGUGAUGGACAGGACAGUCGUUCGCGGCUCCGUUGCCCUCAUGGGCAACAUCACCUGCGCUGAGACAAAGAUCAUCGAGGUGGCCCAAGGCUACGGCGACGUGUACAUCGUUGCAGAGACGGUCAUGUGGACCAAGGGAGUCAUCUUCGAAAUCCCCAAGGGAACCAGGGUCGACUUCGGAGCGGCUGCUUUCGUCUUCGAAAGCAAUGAGGAGGACCUGCACCGGAUGGUCCGUGGUGACCCCGGUGGCACCGUAGUGACCCACCGUGAUGAGGCCGUGUACUACACCGACUCCGCGGUGCUCGUAAUCGUAGAGCCCAGUACCGACAAAAACGGCAACAGCAACAGCAACAGCGAGGCGGCCGUCGGCUCUCAGAGACACUCUGCAGACCUGGCUCAGGAGAAGCUGCAGCGGGAGUCGGAAGCGAGCGGCCUGGACUUGGUCACGUUCCUGAAGUCUUGCGACGACCUCCCAUACGAGCGGACCCCUGUGGAAGGGAUCGUGUCCGUUACGGCAGACAUCGUGUGCCCCGAGCCCAAGGUGCGCGUGUGUGUCUGGUCCGGGCAUGCCAAGCUCUAUUUUGUUGUAGCAGGCCGUGCAUGUCACUGCAUGAGCGGAGGAGCACCGUUAUCGUCUAUCACCAUCACCAACCAUGGAUCAUUGCCGGAGCAGGUGAUCGAGAUCAUGGAGGGAGGCGGCAAUGUCCUGUUCGUCGCCACCGACACCCUGUACACUAGGAACGUCCGCUUCAGCGUCCGGAAGGGCGAAAAGAUGAAGUUCCGGGCCCCGGCUCUCACUUUCGAGAGGGACCAGGGCGAUACGGCCGAGAUCUUCAAUGUGAACGGAGAGUUACACCUCCGCGGCGACCAGCACCGCUUCGACGAUCUGGUCAACACGAGGACGGUGAGCUCUUGUUGUUGUUGA